CUUGCUGGCAGAGACAUGGCGUGGUGGCCAAUCGGAGCCUCUCUGUUUGCCAGCAGUGAGGGCUCAGGCCUCUUUAUUGGACUGGCUGGGACUGGUGCUGCUGGGGGAAUCGCUGUCACCGGCUUUGAGUGGAACGCUACAUACGCGCUGCUGGCGCUGGCCUGGGUCUUCAUCCCAGUCUACAUCUCAUCUGGGAUCGUCACCAUGCCUGAGUACCUCCAGCGGAGGUUUGGAGGCGAGAGGAUCCGGAUGUACCUCUCUGGGCUGUCUCUCCUGUUGUCCAUCUUCACCAAAAUCUCUACUGACCUGUACUCAGGAGCUCUGUUCGUGCAAGUCUGCCUGGGCUGGGACCUCUACCUCUCCACUGUCCUGAUGCUGCUGGUGACAGGGCUGUACACCAUUGCAGGGGGGCUGGCGGCCGUCAUCUACACUGAUGCCCUGCAGACACUCAUCAUGGUCCUCGGAGCCAUCAUGCUGGCAGUGAGAGCUUUUAAUGCGAUCGGAGGUUACUCCAACCUGGAAGAGGCCUAUCUAAAAGCUGUGCCGUCCAAGAUCGUUCCCAACACGACCUGCCACCUGCCCAGAACGGAUGCCAUGCACCUCUUCCGAGACCCAAUCUCUGGAGAUCUGCCCUGGACAGGGAUGACAUUUGGGCUGUCCAUCAUGGCCACGUGGUACUGGUGCACCGACCAGGUCAUUGUGCAGCGGUCACUCUCUGCAAGGAACCUGAGCCAUGCCAAGGCCGGCUCCAUCCUGGCCAGCUACCUGAAGAUGCUGCCCUUGUUUGUCAUCAUCAUGCCAGGCAUGAUCAGCAGGGUCCUGUUCCCAGGUAAGGGCAGGCAUGUCAGAAAGGAAAACGCCACGGGCUGCGUCUCGCUGAGCCGCUUGGAUGCUGUGGCCUGCGUGGACCCUGAGGAGUGCACUCGUGUGUGUGGGGCUGCAGUGGGCUGCUCCAACAUCGCCUACCCCAAGCUGGUGGUGGAGCUGAUGCCCAGCGGGCUGCGGGGUCUGAUGAUUGCAGUGAUGAUGGCCGCACUCAUGUCCUCCCUCACCUCCAUCUUCAACAGCAGCAGUACUCUCUUCACCAUGGACAUCUGGAGGAGGAUGAGGCCAGGGGCCAGUGAGCGCGAGCUGCUCAUGGUGGGCAGGGUGGUGACCGUGCUGCUGGUGGCUUUCAGCGUGGUGUGGAUCCCCAUCCUGCAGAGCUCUGGCGGCGGGCAGCUCUACAUCUACAUUCAGGCUGUCACCAGCUACCUGGCUCCUCCUGUCACUGCUGUCUUUAUCCUGGCUGUCUUCUGGCCCCGUGCUAAUGAGCAGGGAGCCUUCUGGGGCCUGAUGGCAGGGCUGGUGCUGGGGCUGGCCAGGAUGGGGCUGGAGCUGGCACACCCCACACCCCGCUGCGGGGUCCCCGACAGGCGGCCCUGGCUGUUGGCUGACCUGCACUACCUGCACUUUGCUGCGCUGCUGUGUGCCAUCGCGGGGGCUGUCGUGGUGGGGGGCAGCCUGAUGACUCCCCCACCACCCUCGGACAGGCUGCGGAAUCACACCUGGUGGAGCCUUUCUCAGGAGCCUCCCCAGCACUUCAUGGAUGGCACAUCACAGAGAUGCCCGGAUGGUGAGUGGUACCCAGCACAGGGGUAUCCCUGGCUCUUUGCCUAAACGUAUCAUCCCUGCAACAUGGAUGCCCAGUGCCUCAGUUUCCCCAUGGUCUUCUGUCCCCACAAUCACUGUUUGUCUCUGCCAGGCUCCUGCUCAGCUGCCCCGGGUAGCCGGCAGGCAACUGAAGGACUCCCAGCCCUGCGAGACACCACUGAGUCCCCUUUCUGGACCUGG